UUACGACGUGGUUUGGACUUUUUAAUUUACGUCGUGGGAAAUCCCCCUUGAUAGUUCUAUCAAAUGGUACAUUCCAUGUCGUACCCGGAAACAGCUUGAAAACAUCUCCAACGCGCGGAUCAUUUGAUUUCAAGGAUCUUUUGAAAAUAAAGUGUUGAAGCUCUGAUCUGAAGUCAGCUUUAUUAAGACGCCAUCAUGCAGGAGGACUCUAGCCGCAGUCCCACUUACACUGUGACAUGUGAGGACUAUGUUCAUGUGGUUGAAUUCAGUCCUUUCAGCUCUGGUACCCCCGCCUCUCUCCUGGCCUACGGUGGAAACCAGUAUGUGGUCGUGGGCACCUGCCUAUUCCAGGAGGAGGAUAUGGAGGUUGAGGGAGUUGAGUUCAAUGUCCUUCGAGCUUUCCAUCAUGAACUGCGUGUCGAUGCUCUUGCCUGGAGCCCAGAGUCCCGGCUCGACAGGAUACCCAUUAUAAGAUUUUGCACUGCUGCAGCUGACAGAAAGCUACGCCUGCUGACUUCUGAUCUUCAGGAUAGGCAUGAAGUCAAGGUGAUGGAGGGCCACACCAGCUACAUUAACCAUUUGGUGUUCGAGCCCACAGAGGGGAAACAAAUUGCUUCCGUCAGUGAUGACCACACUUGCAGGGUGUGGGACCUGGAUGGAAAUGAAAGCACUUCUCUCAGACUUCGCUCGCCUGGCAUCAGUGUAUGCUGGCACCCAGAGGAAGCCUUUAAGUUAAUGGUGGCAGAGAAGAAGGGAACUAUUCGCUUCUAUGACCUGGUGACCCAGCAGGCCAUUCUGUCACUGGACUGUGGUCAGUCACCGCUCAUGACGGCCGACUGGUGCCUCACAAACACGAUCAAAGUCGGUGCCGUUGCGGGCAACGAUUGGCUCAUCUGGGACAUAACUCGCUCCAGUUACCCACAGGAAAAAAGACCAGCCCACAUAGAUAAAGCACGGUUAUUCAAGUGGUCCAGAGCCAAUGAAAAUCUCUUUGCCACCACGGGCUGUCCUGGAAAGAUCUCUAGUCAGUUACUCAUCCACCAUCUUGGCCACCCACAGCCGGUGAUGAUUGGAUCGGCCACAGUGGGAUCAGGCCUCAGCUGGCACCGGACGCUCCCGCUCUGUGUGAUUGGUGGUGACAGGAAACUUUGCUUUUGGAUGACUGAAAUGUAGACAUCUGCGCAGCACCUUCCGCGGUGCGAGUCCAAGAAAGUGUUUCUAUUCUAGUAAAUGUCCAAUAAAAUAAAUAUUUUUCUGAGUAUGU